AUGCCACAUUUAUACGUCACCGCUCGCGGAAUACACACGUGACCGUGUUGGAUCGCAAGCACUCUGUUUUAUCGACUCUUUUUUAUCUCGACAAAGGAUUCGUGCUUCUCGUGUACGAAGGACGGAUGUGGCGUGCGCCGACAGAUCAAAACAUUUCUUCGUUUCUCUUGUGUAUUCUUUGAUAACGCGUGAAAUGUCACUUUCACAAAGAAGAUUUGACGAGUUGACACCGCUUCUCUCGAGGCCGAAUGUUACACUCUCUUGGAGUUGCAACCUCAAGGGGCUCUUUCUACGGAGAAUACCGAUUGUAACAUGGCUGCCUCUGUACAGUUGGGGCAAACUUCUGCAGGACAUUUUGGCAGGGUUGACAGUGGGUCUGACCGCGAUACCGCAGGGCAUAGCGUAUGCAAUAGUGGCUGGACUUCCGGCUCAGUAUGGCCUGUAUAGCAGUUUCAUGGGUUGCUUCGUUUAUCUGGUCUUCGGUAGCAGCAAAGAUGUCACGGUGGGUCCUACCGCGAUAAUGGCUCUAUUGGUGCAAAAGCACGUGAUAAAACUGGGAGAAGAUCUCGCCGUUCUCAUGUGCUUUUUAUCCGGUGCUGUGAUUACAGUCUUGGGAGUGCUUCACUUGGGAUUUCUCGUAGAUUUUAUAAGUAUGCCCGUAAUUUGUGGCUUCAGUAACGCUGCGGCAAUUAUUAUCGCUGCUUCUCAAUUGGGUACUUUACUGGGCAUAAAGGGGCGCAGCGAAUCCGUCAUUGACGCUAUCUCAAAAGUCAUCGAUCACAUAAAUGAAAUUCAACUUUGGGAUACUGUGUUAGGAGUGUGUUCGAUGAUGGUACUGGUUCUCCUAAAGCAACUACCUGGCAAAAAAUCGGGCAGGCCUUUUGAAAAAUUCAUGUGGCUACUUUCGUUGGCCAGAAAUGCUAUAGUUGUGAUGAUUGGGACUAUCAUAGCCUACGUGCUAUUUUCUUACGACAUCAAGCCUUUUCAAAUUACGGGCAAUAUAACUGAGGGCUUGCCACCGCUUUCCUUACCUCCAUUCACCGUCACCAAAGGAAAUGAGACGUAUACUUUUGUAAUGUUGAUCGGAGAGUAUGGCAGUAGCAUCAUCUCAAUACCACUCAUUGCUAUUUUGGAAAGCAUCGCGAUCGCUAAGGCAUUUGCAAAAGGCAAGACUCUUGAUGCUAAUCAAGAGAUGUUAGCGCUCGGUCUCUGCAACGUAUUUGGCAGUUUUGUGAGAUCGAUGCCCGUAACCGGAAGCUUUACUCGUACAGCCGUCAACAACGCAUCCGGUGUCAAAACGCCGAUGGGCGGGAUGAUUACGGGUACUUUGGUGCUUUUGGCAUGUGGCUUGUUGACGUCCACUUUUAAAUUUAUUCCCAAAGCUACGCUGGCGGCCGUCAUCAUAAUCGCCAUGUUUUACAUGUUCGAGAUACAGACUUUUAUCGUUCUUUGGAGAACAAAAGAAAUCGAUUUGGUGCCAUUGACGGUGACGUUAUUAUGUUGCUUGGCGGUCGGUUUGGAGUACGGUAUGAUCGCCGGGAUUGCGGUAAAUCUAAUUCUCUUACUCUAUUUCGCGGCCCGGCCCGGGCUAUUGAUCGAGGAGCGAAUCGUCGAUGGUUUGACCGUGCUCUUCGUAUCGCCCAAGCAAUCCCUGAGUUUCCCGGCUGCGGAGUAUCUCCGAGAGCGAGUAAUGUCGUGGUGCGAUAAGAAACUGGAAAACUUGCCCGUGAUAGUGGAGGGUCGCCAUGUGCUUAGGAUCGAUGCCACAGUCGCGAAAAACCUGGCGCUACUCGUAUCGGAUCUCGCGUCGCGAGAUCAAAAGCUCAUUUUUUGGAAUUGGUGCGAGGAUGCCAAACAGACUUUGAUAUGUUACGAUCCGUCACUCGCGGCCUGUUGCAGAUCGUCUGGCACCAUAACGCAGAUAUUUUCAGACGAAACUGUAAUUUGCUGAUUGACUCGAUAAAAGCUACUGCCAUAACAAAUGUAUAUUUGCUAUAAUUUCAAAGAUAAAUUAUUAGAUGUCGUUUUAGCUCAAAUCGUUUAAUUAAAUAGUUUAUUGGUAUGUCAUAUAUAAAAUACAAACAAAGUUGAUGUAAAAUAUGUAAAUGUAAAAAUAAUAUAUUAUUGUACAUAAACGCUUCGAAAAUAAUUGCAAACUAUUUUUUAUGCAUUCACAGCGCUCCCCUUGUGCAUUCAACAGUGCAAAUUUAUGUACCCUGAUGUGAGCGAUAAUUAGAUUAACCAAGGAAACUAUGUAUAAAUUUUAUAUAUAUAUACAUAUAUGAAUAUUGAUAAAUAUUAUUUUUAUCAUCGGGAAGGCGACAGACGUGUUACAUCAACGACAAGGUUGUUAGCCUCUAUUUUAUCAUGUUUCUUUAUAGGGCGGACAAUCUCUUUUUCUAGAUCAGUUAAUAAUAUCUCACUAUAUUCAAAAUUAUUUAUUCGAAACUAAAAACAAAAAUCCUCAUUAUAAUUAAUAUUUUAACUUAUGAUCUGAUACAUACAGACACACACUUAUUUUUCUUUUUCUU